CCGACCCCAGAGCUGCUUCGUACCUCGGCAUCUCGUCAGUACAUCACCUCCAUGCGCGCCGAAUGCCUACCUUUCACAGCUCUAUACAAUGGCCGGGAACGUGCGACAACCCAUAGACGUAGUCUCGUUGGAGCGCUACAUCACUGCUAAUGUUCCUGAGAUUGCCGUACCCGUUGACAUAAAGCAAUUCGGUUAUGGGCAAUCGAACCCAACAUACCAGCUCACAGACAAGAAUGGCAAGAAGUUUGUCAUGAGAAAGAAGCCCCCGGGCAAGCUUCUCUCAAAGACAGCGCACAAGGUCGACCGCGAAUACCGAAUCAUCCAUGCUCUCGAGAAGACCGAUGUCCCAGUACCGAAGGCCUACGCACUCUGCCAGGACGAGAGCGUUGUAGGUAGCGACUUCUACAUCAUGGAGUUCCUCGACGGCCGCAUCUUUGAAGACCCCGCGAUCCCAGACGUAACACCUGAGGAGCGAACGAAAAUGUGGCACUCCGCAAUAACCACACUUGCCAAGUUCCACCGCGUUGAGCCCGAGUCGGUUAACCUCUCCACCUACGGCAAACCCAGCGGCUUCUACAACCGGCAAAUCGCAACCUUCAACACCAUUUCGCAGGCGCAAGCCGCCACAAAAGACAAAGAGACUGGCGAGCCCGUGGGCAAGAUCCCGCACCAAGACGACAUGGUAGCUUUCUUCAGCGACCCGGCCACGCAGCCAAAAGACAAGGGCACGUUCGUCCAUGGCGAUUAUAAGAUUGAUAACGUCGUGUUCCACAAGACCGAGCCUCGCGUCAUCGGUAUCCUGGACUGGGAAAUGAGCACCAUCGGCCACCCGCUGUCGGACCUGAACAACCUCCUCUCACCCUACCUGACCGCGUCGUCUGAGAAAGCGAAAUCCGUGGGCCGAGCGCACGAGGGCUUCAAGCCAGGCGCCACGCCAGGAUUGCCUACGCGGGACCAGUUAAUCGAGUGGUACAGCGAGGUCGCAGGCUGGGACCCGCGGCCUGAUCUGACGUGGGGCGACGCGUUUGCGACGUACCGCAAUACGAUCAUCAUGCAGGGUAUUGCGGCAAGGUAUGCGGUUAGGCAGGCUAGUAGUGCGCAGGCGAAGGAUUAUGGGGCGAUGAUGAAGCCGUAUGCCGAGGUUGCGUGGGAUUUGGUGCAGGAGUAUAAGAGGGGGCAUACUAAGGAUGGGAAGGCGAAGUUGUAGAUGAGAGUGUUCGUUCAGAUGUUGGGGAUGCACAUGCAUGCUUUCAGCUCCUCAUCUCCUUCCAUGCUCAGACCCUGGUUGUGAAGGUACACUGUGAUGCCGAGAUCGUCCAUGGUAAUACUACGAUGCCUUGAACCGGAGCUUCCGUUUGGGUUUUGUCAAACAAGACGGUAGUAGGGUACGCAGGAACUCUGAAAGGUAAAAACCGAGCUCAGAUAUGAGACAUUGACCAUAGGAAAAGACGGAGGCGUAGGCCUGGAUGAAAAUGCCUAGACUGCAGGAAAGACGUAAGGGAAAAAAUGUAGGCAGGAAUGCAACGCAAAGGCGGAGAACAAUGUC